AUGAUUUGCGUUGUCAUAAUUGCAGGGAUAACAAUAUUGUUGGCUUUUAAAAUAACGGAAAGACGGUGGCGACCUCCUGCAGUGCAGAACACAAUCGGUGCAAAGGGUGGUUUCAGACCAUACAAAGUCUUCUUCUACUUGUUCAAGAUUUGGAAAGGCAAGCUGGAGGUAGGGGAUUUUGAUGCGUGCAGAUUCUUUUGGCGAGCCCGACAUGCUUGCCGAUAG